ACAUCGUAUCGCUAAGUGCGCGUCUGAAAUGUUGUGACCAUGGCGUCUUGAAGUGAGCAAGAUUCAGUUAAGUUUUGACAAAGAUGGAGAUAUGAACAUAUACUAUUAUUGACACGAGCCCACAACUAACGAUGCCACCCAAAAAGACUUUCCAGACUAAAGCUGCUACAACAAAAACAGCAAACAAGGGAAAUACAACUAAGAAAGUAUCAACAGGGCCAGGAAAAAAGACAGUCACCUCAACAGGGAAAGGGAAAACUGAAGUGAAAGCAGAGCAAGCAAAGCCGAAGAAGAAAAUCUGGACCAAAGAUGAUGCUGCUGCUAGAACAAUCCAAACAUCAUAUAGAAGAUUUCAAGCAAAGAUCUUUCUGGAAAGAAAGAAAAAGGAAAAACAAGAAUAUGAUGAACUGAUGAAUAAACUUGAGAAAGAGGCAUUUGUGAAGCUGGUGAAGAUGAAACAGGAAGAGGCAGAAAGGGAGAGACAGAUAGAAGAAGAGGAAAGGAAGAAAAAGGCUGAACAAAGAAAAAGAAUCAAGCGAGUCCUUGAGGCAGCAUUUGAUGGAGACAACGAGGAACUAUUGGCUAUAAUCAGAGAGGUAUCUGAACUUGAUGACAAGGCUGACGUUGGUCAUGAUGUCAAUGGUCUUGCCAUCAGAAACAAACAUCUGCUUGCGUUGGUGGAGUGUGCAGAUGCUAAUGAUAACAGUGCCCUGUCAGAAGCUGCCAAUGGUGGAUGUGCUGACACACUUUGUUUACUUCUUGAGCAUGGAGCCAAUCCCAACACACAGGGCCAGUUCUGGCGCACUCCACUCUACCGGGCAGCCUUCGCAGGUCACCUGGAUGCAUGUCAGGUGCUGAUGCAGCAUGGAGCUGAUCCUCGGAUAUAUGCUGCUGAUGGUCAAACACCAGAACAGGUUGCAUCAGUUGAUGCUGUGUGUCAGUUCCUAGCAGCAUGGGACAUUUGCCAGACAGAGGUGCUGCUGCAGAAGCUUGAGGCAGACAAAGAACAAAGGCUGGAGGAGGAAAGGAGGGUACAGACGACUGUGCAAAACAAACUGGAGGAGCAAGUGAGGAUUGCACAGAAGGAAUAUGUCUCGAAGCAAAAUCAGCUCAACCGGGCAUAUUGUGAACUGGAGAAGAGAAUCACAGAGCAUGAUACAGCAGCAGCCUCUGGCUUUGAGAGAACUGACAUCACACUGAAUACAGUCCAUGAUGCUGAGUUGGAACUGGAAGUCAUAAAGAUUGAAUUCGACAAAGCUCAGGACAAACUUGCCUUCACUAAAAUGAAACUUCGGGAACAGCAAAUGACUCAGCCAGGUGUGAAUGGAGGACCUGGUGAUCUUCCUGGAUUGAAGGUGAUGGUUAGAGAGCUAGAUGAAGUUCUUUUAAGAGACGUCGGCAACAAAAUCAAAGAAUCUGGCAAGUGGCCUCUCAUAAUUGACACCAGUGGCCAGGCUGCAAUUUUCCUGCGUUACCGAGACACCAACUAUGUGAAUGCUCUCCGCCCUGCCGAUGUGGAGCCUGACCGCCUCAGAAUAGCGCUGCUUGGUGCUGUCAGGUUUGGGAAACCACUUGUACUGGACAUGAUGGAAAUUGACAUGUUUGAGACAUUUUCUGACCGAAUGGAUAUCAUUCAGGAGGGACUUAUGGCCUCUGUACUAGACAAAACAAUACUACAGAAUCACAGGUACUUGAGUCUGCUGAAGGACAGCGAUGGAGAGGAAUAUAGCAAGACAAGAUUUAAUGAUCUCCGCACACAGAACUUCCGCUUCUUUAUUGUCACCAAGAAUCCCUUCCCUCCUGAAGAUCUGAUGGAACUGACCUUUCCUAUAAGGGUUUUUGUCCCCACAUGAUCCAGAAUUAACAUGGAACAACUAACAGAUCUCUAAACAAGUUGUAAUAAAGGCAGUAUCUAAAAGGGACCAGUGUAGUAAGUUAUUUAUUAUUCAAUAAAACUUUGCACAAUAUCCCUA